ACACCUGGAGGCGCCUGCGCACUACGUGUGGUGUGUGGAAAGUUUGCGCCAACUUGGAGGCAGCGAGAGAGAGAAAAAAAAUGUAAAGCGAGCAGCCUGGCCUCCGAGUGUUUGUGUAUGUGCUGGCGGCCUCCAGGCAGCACUGAGAACCCGGGUGACAGAGCGCCUCCGCCACAGCCCCCCCCGCGGCCUCCUUCGCGACAGUCCGUCCAGCCUCAGGAUUUAUCCGCUUCAUGGUGGUGCCUCUGGGGGGGUCUUCUCGCACGGAUGGAAAGCGAGUGGUUCGACGUGAAUAUUAUUGUCGCCCAGGGAAGGCUUCGUGUCGGUUAGGCCCCGGACCAGGCCUGGCUGCGCUGUCGCCGGAGCUCGUUGAAUCUCGAGCCGGGAUUUCUUGUGGAUUUAUAAAUAUUAUUGUCAUUAUUCUGAUUAUUUUCCUCGGACGCUGAUUUUCCCCCGUCGUCCCCCCCGUCCCCGAGCUGUGCCUUCACUUUGGCCGAGAUAGUGGGAAGCUAAACCAGGGGUUCGAGGGGGGGGGGUUAUCACCCCCUCCAAACCCCCCCUUUUUUUGUCUCUUUCCCCCCCCCCCGACGGAUUUUUUUGUGGGUGUUGGUGACGGCUGAAGGGGGGGGAAAGACUUGCUCCAUCACAGGGCCGCCGCUGCUGCCUCUCCACGUUCAUAUUUUUUUUUGGGAAAAAAAAGGGAAAAGAAAAGCGGCCGUGUUGAAUGUGGGAUAAAAUGGAGACCAAGACGAUUGUCUACGACUUGGAUACCUCCGGAGGGCUGAUGGAGAAAAUCCAAGCGUUGCUGGCCCCUCCGAAGAGCGAGGAGAGCGACAAGAAGGCCAAGAAGCUGGAGAAGGAGCCGAGGCGGAGCGGCCGGGCUACCAACCACGACACUUGCGAUAGCUGCAAGGAGGGGGGAGACCUACUCUGCUGCGAUCAUUGCCCGGCCGCCUUCCAUCUCCAGUGCUGUAAUCCCCCACUCAGUGAAGAGAUGCUUCCACCUGGGGAUUGGAUGUGUCACAGAUGCACAGUUCGCAGAAAAAAACAAGAGAAAAAAGAGAGAUUUGGUCAAGUAAAUGGUGUUAUGGACAAACAGACGGUUAAAAGGACAGCAUCCCCUACUGUUGACAUGGACUUUUCUGAUAAAACUUCCAGCAAAGCAUUGGAUUCCAGGGUUGACAGUAACUGUAGAUCAUUUGCACAAGCAAAAGGUUUGGAAAGACGUGUCAGCCGACCCGGCACACCAACAUCAAAUGCAAGCACUGACACACCCACUUCUGAGCAGAAUGAGGUGGACGAUGAUAUGAUUGAUGUGGACGAUGAAAAUACUGCCAUCGAGGUGGACUGCUCCCAACUGCAAAUAAGAAAUCCAUUUGAAAUACUUAUAGCAGCAGCAAUGGAACGAAAUCCAACUCAAUUUCAACUUCCAAAUGAACUGACAUGUACCACAGCACUUCCAGGUACCAGUAAAAGAAGAAGAAAAGAGGAAACAACAGGGAAGAAUGUGAAGAAGGCACAGCAUGAACUAGACCACAAUGGCCUAGUCCCAUUGCCUGUCAAAGUUUGCUUCAUUUGUAACAGGAGUUGUAGAGUGGCUCCUCUUGUCCAGUGUGAUUACUGCCCUUUAUUAUUCCACAUGGACUGCUUGGACCCACCCCUUACUGCAAUGCCAACAGGGAGAUGGAUGUGCCCCAAUCAUAUCGAGCAUGUGGUGCUUAAUCAAAAGAACAUGACAUUGAGUAAUAGGUGCAGGAUAUUUGACAAGUUUCAAGACCGAAUAUCUCAGCACGCAAUCAAGAUAGACUUUCUAAACAAGAUCCACAGGAAGCAUCCACCUAACCGCCGACAUAUAAAGCCAGUGAAGAGGAAAAAUAUGAAAGUUCCUGAAGCAAUUAAGGCCCAGUACCAGUAUCCACCACCGCUCCUUCCACCGGCAGGAAUCCGUGAUGGAGAGCUGAUAUGUAAUGAGACUACUUCUGAGUCACAAAAGCACCUUUCCAACUAUGAGCACUUUGCUACUGAAGAAGAACAACAGGAGUGGCUUCGUAGUGUUGUUGCACUUCAAUGCAGCAUAUUCAAACAUUUAUCUGCUAAGCAGAUGCCAUUAUUUUGGGACACUGAACAGACUGAAAAGGCUGAUAUUAAGCCUUGUGUCACAGCCCAGUGUUCAGCGGACAACUCAUUAAACAGUGCGCAUCAGACAGCUGGAAAGAAACAAUCACCCUCUCCUUCUCCGACAACAUGCAAUGUUACGUGCACCUCAGGGACCAAUAGUCAGAAUUCUUCAGGUUCCUCUGUAUCUCAGCAGCCUGGAGCUGCUGCAGCACAGGAAGAAAAUGCUCAUAGUUUAUAUUCAGAGACCUCGUGCAAGACAUCAAGUAGUGGAACUUCUAACGGACCUUUGUCAGCAGAGGUAAAAGUAAAUGGACCUUUCCCAUGCACAAUUUCAUCAGAACCGUCCAGACAGCUGGCAGACACACAGAGACCAAAGGGACCAUUAACACAGGUGCCAAGCCAGAUAUCUGGACAAGCAUGGCUGCAUUCUCAGCUGAGACCAGCUACGCCACCAGCAGCCAGUAACCUCCAAAAUCAUUUUGUGGGAGCGCUUGUCAAGUCAGAAAAUGCAGGAGGACCUGUUUCUUGCUUGCAACGAGUUCCUGUCAGUGUGACGAGUGUGCCUGCAUCUUUAUCCACUUCAUGUGCCAGUUCUGAGAUCACCAGCAGCUCUCAGCUUAAGAAUACUGCCUCAGUUCAGAUUGCUGGACGGUCUACCACAUUUAUGGCGAAGGUUGUUACAACAUCCUCUGCUAUAGCCAGAGCUAUUACUCCUCCAAGAGCAGCAGUAGAUAGUGUUUCAACAGUGUUGGCACCUUCACGGACCCUGAUUUCACCAGCAGCUACAGGUAAAGUAAGUCCAACCGUGUUGUCCACAGGCAUGUCUAUAGGAAACAAAGCAGUUCCUUUAACUGCUCCAUCAAACACUGCAAUCAUGUUUGACCUUGCCAACUCCCUGCAGGCAGCUAUGGAGGGAAGUGGAGAGAUUGAACUGAGUAAGCUUGAUGAAAAGUUGAUCCAGGUACUGGCAUGGCAGAGAAUUCAGCAACUGUUUCCUCCCAAAGCAACCUCUUUACCAUCUGUACUCAGCACCUCAAAAGUCCAGACAACUACUGCUACAACACAGACAGAAGUCCCUGGAAAAGAAGUUCAGGCACGAGCGGUAUUUUAUCCCCUGACGGGUAAAGGCCAAGCUGUCAAUAUGUGCUACAGAACACUUUACAUAGGAACAGGUGCCGAUAUGGAUGUGUGCCUUAUAAAUUAUGGACAUUGUAAUUAUGUUUCUGGCAAACAUGCGUGCAUAUUCUAUGAUGAGAACACAAAACACUAUGAAUUGUUAAACUACAGUGAGCAUGGAACAACAGUUGACAAUGUUCUGUAUUCGUGUGACUUCUCAGAAAAGACUUCUCCUACUCCACCAAGCAGUAUUGUUGCCAAAGUUCAAAGUGUAAUAAAAUAUUGUAAGAGCAGAAAGGAAGAAGUGGUACAAGAAGAGACUGUCAUGAGUUCCCAAGGCCAGGGACUGCAUGGUAAAAGCUGUAACUGCAAAGCUAGCAGCUCCAGUCUAAUAGGCGGCAGUGGAGCAGGCUGGGAAGGGACCGCAUUGUUGCAUCAUGGGAGUUACAUCAAGCUUGGUUGCCUGCAGUUUGUGUUUAGCAUCACAGAAUUUGCAAUGAAGCAGCCGAAGGAGGAAGAAACCCUAGCACAUGAUACUGACUUAGAACAGAAGCAUUUGAUGAAACUUCAUCAAGUGCCAGUGUUGCGAUCCAACUCUGUUCCAUGAGGUUUCUGAAAUGUACAUAGGACUGAAUGGGGAACCAUGAACCGAAGAAGCUGUCUUUAUAUUGCAUGAAAUGAAGUAUCUUCAGCAUCUUUUUUGUUUUUUUUUGUUUUGCUCAGAUUUUGUGGGCAGUUGCACAUAGAAUUUGUAUAAUGACUUCUCUUUUAAAUAUGUAACUUGUCAUAGUUGUAAAUGUUGACUGAAUGAGAAAAAGAAGCAAGGUCCUAUUUGAAGGUCAUGGUAAAAACCCUUUGCAGAACGAACUGGAAAAGCCGAGGAUACAUUCAGACUGCAUCCCUAAACAUGUACAAAUAAUCAAAGACUUGUUAUAUUUUGUGCCAGUGACAAUAGUUUUUAUAAAUAUGUGCAAAGUUUUCAUAAAAGGAUAUGUUUAUCUACUCUGAUCAUUGUUUUAUUUAAUGUAUCUGGAAUCCUAUGACCCAGAUGUUUUCUGCUACUUUUGCACUACAAGUAGCUGCUGUGUACUGAUUAAAGAGGAAAAAAAACCUUUCAAAAUAUCAAUGGUAUUUUAUUUGACUGAGAAAGGAGAAGUGUUAAAGUAGAGUCUGUGUUGAUGCACCUUUAAUGGUGUCAGUGGUUUUUAAAUGUGUAACAUGCUAAAAACUUGUGGUAUGGCACCAGCUGCCGUUGUGUUGUAUUGUAGUGUAAAAGUUUGUCGUAAGCUUGUUAAGGUCCUUUUUCACACAGUAGUUCAAAUGUAAAUAGUUAAUGUAUUGUUUCAGAUUUUACAACAGACACUUUCAUGUAUUCUGUAUAUAAAAAAUUGACUCCAA